AUGACCGAAAGCAAGGCUCUCAUAGUAGGCAUUUCCGGCGUGUCGUCAUCUGGGAAAACGACAUUGGCUCGCCUGCUUCGCGACAUCUUCCCCAACAGCUUUGUCCUCCACGAAGACGACUUCUACAAACCGGAUGCCGAGAUACCCGUCAACGAAGCGGCCGGCGGAGUGGCGGAUUGGGAUUGCUUGGAAGCCAUCAACUUGCCCCAGUUCGAGAAAGCGCUAUCUCACAUUAGAGAGCAUGGCAUGCCGCCACCCGAUCUAGUGUCGAAGGAAGACAAGAACUCUGUCGGUCAAGUCGACGUCGACCGAAUAGUCGUGGAUGACUUGGAAUGGAAAGCCGGGCGGUGGAUGUUUGAGGAUGUCCCGCCAAUCGCCAUCAUCGAUGGGUUUCUGAUGUACGCCGAAGGGAUGAAGGAGGUUCGCUCGCUCUUCGACGUCAAGCUGCUGCUGCGGACAGACUACCAGACAGCAAAGGCUCGACGAGAAGCCCGCUCCGGAUAUGUAACGCUCGAGGGCUUCUGGGAGGACCCCCCUGGCUAUGUGGACAAGGUCGUCUGGCCCAACUACGUAAAAGACCACGCUUUCUUGUUUAAGGAUGGAGAUGUCGAGGGUGAGCCGAAGCAGGACCUUCUCGAGCAGUUGAACAUCCAGGCCAUGCCGCCAGCAACUCAGGGAAGCAUGACAGAAGUACUCAAGUGGGCAUUUGAUGUGCUGGAGGCUGCGUUGAGCCCACGCGAUCGAUAA